UGAUUGGAUGUAGGCUGUAACAACUCAGCGAAAAGUAGAGAUACACAUAAAUAUGUGUUGAAUAAAUAUUUUAACACACAAAUAUAUAAUACAAUGAGAAUGAACAAAAAGCUCACUUUGGAAGCACGUGAGAGCCAAGAAUUCACCAUUCAUUCACUUCCGAAGACUGCAGGUUUACAGAAGCACAACACUAUUCGAUCGUCACUAAGCCACAAGCAAUUGAUUGCAUAGCGAGACACAGAGCGGCAGUUAUCACAGAGGGAGUCAAUUUCAGUCAGAAUGGGAACAGGUGCCAACAACUACCAGCCACCGGAAUGGAUUAAUGCUGAAUUCUUGCAAGAUGUAUUGAAGGAAUAUUUCAAAGACGAUACUUUAGAAGUGCAGGAGAUAGUGGUGAAAAGUGCGCUAACCGGGGAAAAUGGCAGUGGCUUUGCUAGCGAAAUGCAUCGCGUAACAUUUAAUUUGGCGCGGAAAGAAGGUACUGGUCGUUUCUCGGUCAUAAUUAAAGAUCAUCCAAAGGGCUAUACUGGAGUUGUUGCCCACAAAAGUAAAUUGUUUAAACGAGAAAUUCUCGCAUAUAAAGAAAUUCUGCCACGCGUGGAGGAGUUGCUGGCUUCCAUUGGUGACAAAACGAAAAUUGCGCCUGCAUGUUACUAUACCACCGAAACGCCUGAGCCUUUCCUUGUGCUCGAAGAUAUGCAACUGACAGGUUAUGAGAACUUUGAAAAAUGUCGUUUGCUCAAUUUGGACUACACUUUGCCGACCAUCGAAAGGCUGGCUAAGUUACAUGCUUGUUCCGCGGUCAUAGCCAAAGAGACACCGGAAGUAUUUGAGUUUUUCAAAGAAGCCCCCAUUUCAAGGAAUCCAGACCGCAAGGAUUUUCUUUCUUUCUUUCCUGUAAAUAUACGAUGUGUUGCUGAAGAGUUGACACACUGGAAGGGCUAUGAAGAGAUCACUGAGAAAAUGUUCAAAUUGGCAGAAAACGUGUUACAAAAUGCACUGGAAAUGUACGAAUCACAUGAAGAGGGCUUCCGAGUUUUCAACUUAGCCGAUUUGUGGAUUGACAACUUAAUGUUCCAUAUCAACAAUGACACAAAAGAUCCCGAUGAUGUUGUCAUGUUAGAUUUCCAACUGUCUUACUUUGGGUCACCAGCAGUGGAUCUGAAUUACUUUCUUUUCGGUUCACUAAAUGAGAAUGUGCGGAAAGUACAUUUUAAAUUCAUUGUACGCGAAUAUCAUCGCAUAUUGAAGGAAACACUGGAGAAACUACACUACGACGGUUAUAUACCAACGUUGAAGGAUAUAAAUAUCGAACUUAUUAAGAAUAGCCUUCAAGGUGUAAUCGCUGCCACAUGCCUCACACCACUUAUCUUUAUGGAGUCCACGGGAGAUGAAAAACUGGAGAAUCUUACUUCACGCACAGAAGAGGGUGAUCAAAUGAGACGACAAAAUGUUGAAAAUCCAAAAUAUCGCGCAUUCCUGCAACGCACUGUGAAGGAGUUCGAGUUGUGCGGCUUUUUAGACAAAUGAAAACUGUUAUCAUAAACAAACAGAUAUGUAAAUACCUAAAUAUACACAUUUGCAUGCCUAUGUAUGAAUACACACAGAUGCAAGUAUAAACAUA